AAAAAAAUGCUGCCUUAUCAAAGCCUUGAAGAAUCAGAGGAAGCCCUUGGCAGAGCUCUAAGUGUUGCAGAGAAGCUAUGGUUUCAAUACUCAGCUCAGAAACUUGAUUUCAUCCUCCACUGCCAUAACAUUCUCUUCGUGAUGUUGUUCUAUACCUUAGCUCCUCUUCCGUUCGUGUUCAUAGGGCUUGGCUGGUUCAAGAACAUGGACAAGUUCAAGAUUCAACCGAAAGUUAACGACUGUCUCUCUAACAUGUUCAAGUGCUAUAAACAUGUCAUGCGCACCUUUGUUCUUGUCGUUGGUCCUCUGCAAGUCAUUUCAUAUCCCACCAUCCAGUGGACAGGGAUUCGGACGAGUUUGCCAUUACCAUCCUUAUCGGAAGUAUUUUGGCAAAUAGUGGUGUAUUUUAUUAUAGAGGAUUUUUCAAAUUAUUGGAUCCACCGGAUGCUCCAUACAAAAUGGGCCUACAAAAAGAUCCAUCGGGUCCACCACGAAUACACUGCUCCAAUUGGGCUUGCAGCACCAUAUGCCCAUUGGGCCGAGAUUUUGAUUCUGGGCCUUCCAUCAUUUCUCGGCCCAGCAUUGGUUCCGGGGCAUAUUGUCACGUACUGGUUGUGGAUCAUUUUGCGGCAAUUGGAGGCCAUUGAGACUCAUAGCGGGUACUUGUUACCUUGGACUCCAACAAAAUACAUCCCAUUUUAUGGUGGUGCAGAGUACCAUGACUACCACCACUUUGUUGGGGAGCAGAGUAAAAGCAACUUCGCAUCGAUUUUCACUUAUUGCGAUUACAUCUAUGGCACCAAUAAGGGAUAUCGGUCUCACAAACAAGUCAUUGAGAAGGUUAAAAGUCUCUAAGACCCUUCUGCAUCAAAGUGAUUAGGUUUUGUAAUUCUGUUUGUAAAAGAAAUGUUGGUGGUAUUUUGUCAUGAAACUUUUACAUGUUAUAAGCUACAACAGUGGAGAUGUAACCUAUUUCAUAUCAAUAAAGCAU